ACAUUUCCAGAAUGGCGUUCCUCGUUUCCCUUCUGAUCGGAGCACAGAUACUGUGCUCCCUGGCUCGUUCUCCACCUCAUCCAGGACCUCCGCCACCACCUCCGGACCGGUUGAUUUCCCUGCCAUGUAACAGUUCCUCGAUAAGGGGACCUGCAGAGCUGGCCCUAAACAAGCUCAACGAAGACCGCAGAAAGGGCUACGUACUGGGACUCCAGCGGAUCUUUGAUGUCCGUCAACUUCAGUGGCAAGACACUGGGACGGUCUAUUACCUCACUCUGGAUGUGCUGGAAACUGAGUGCCAUGUUCUGAGCAGGAAGUCCUGGAAAGAUUGCAAGUUUAGAGAGGCACAUGACUCGGUCUUCGGGCAGUGCAAAGCAACAUUGUACAUCAACAAGCCAUGGAGAAUUCUUCACCUGUACAACUAUGACUGCAUUUUACACCCAGUCCCAGGUUCCGUUAUUGUAAGAACUUGUCCGGACUGCCCAACCCCUGACGAUCCAACUGAGCCCAGGUUUCAGGAGGCAGCUACUCUGAGUCUUGCCAAAUUCAACGAGGAAAGCAACCACACCCAUUACUUUAAUCUCUACAAUGUCACCAGAGCACGGUCGCAGUGGGUCGUUGGUCCUUCAAACUUUGUGGAGUAUGUUAUCCAGGAGACAUCUUGCUCCAAAAGCCAGGCUGUGGCUGAUCUCUCUAAGUGUCCAUUCCUACCAGAUGCAAAGGCUAUGGGUGUAUGCAAAGGCUCUGUGGUAGAAAGCCGGAUUGAACGUCGAAAGUUUAUCGGCGCAGAUUGUGAAAUUUUCCACCCGCAGGUGCAGGUCGAUGCGGGACAACAAACUGGCGGCAGGAAACCCGGACACCGGGGUGAUGAUGAAAGCCAUGAGGAAGAUGGUCAUUCUGAGGGUGGAAGGGAAGGACAUCAUCAGGGUCAUCCUGAGGGUGGAAGGGAAGGACAUCAACAGGGUCAUUCUGAGGGUGGAAGGGAAGGACACCGUCAGGAUCAUUCGGAGGGUGGAAGGAAAGGACACCGUGGUCACCACGAUCGGCACCAUCACCCUCACGACCGCCACCAUCACAGGCAUCACAAGAAUCACUCACGUGAUCAUGAAGAACACGAGCAGCGUCCUCCCACUUCUGGCACCUUUGAGACCUCGACAGAUCUGGGAAAGACAGUGGGCCGGGUCAUAGUCCUUCCUGUGUCUCAUACGCACGUAUCUCUCCACUCCUUACCAGAAACUGAAGCUGAGCAAUUAGAUGGGAUUCCUGUCCCUCCUCAAUCACCAAAACCCAACCCCAGCCUGCCUGAUGUACACGGUGCUCCUGACGAGAGCCGUCCACUGGGCAAACCAAUGGGGCGCCCAGGCUUGACUAAGCCAGCUAGGCCUGUCACCCCUCCUCCAUUCCCAGCUGGGUUUUCGCACUCAGAUACUUGUCCAGGAGAAAUCCUGGUCUUCAUUCAUGGCCUUGAGCCUUUGCUGCCCAAAAGGCCUGUAGAACAGCCACCAGCAGUGGCCCCAGAAAUGUCAGAAAGAGACCCCAAAAACAAAGCUAAGCUAAAAAUGUAG